ACAUACGCACUCUCAGCAUGAACCGCUCCACCGAGCUGCCUUCUCCUUCUCCUUCUCCUUCGGAGGAAAUGGCCCCCGAGGAGUUUGACGGCGGCACGGCGGUGGCUUGUGUGAUCCUGGGCCUGUCCUUCCUGGUGGGAGCUCCGGGCAACCUGCUGGUGAUCUGGACCAUCCUGAGGCACGUCAAGCAGCGUUCCCACACCGUGGUGCUCAUCCUGCACCUGGCCGUCGCCGACCUGCUGGUCCUCGUCACCCUGCCGCUCUGGAUCUACUCCCUGGCCCACGCCUGGGUGUUUGGCGAAGCCUCCUGCAAAGCCAUGGUGUUCAUGAUCAACGCCUGCAUGUACAGCAGCGUGUUCCUCAUCACCCUGAUGAGCGUGGAGCGCUUCGUGGCCGUGCGCUACCCCUUCGCCUCGGCCGGCUGGAAGAGGAAAAAAGCUCUGAAUAAAGUUCUGCUGGCUCUGUGGACCGCGGCGUUCCUCUUCAGCGUGCCCGUCAUCCCGACUCAGGUCGUGGGGACGGAUUCCGGCGAGGAGCACUGCCUGUACCGCUUGUACACCUCCAUGGCCCAGGAGCUGGUGUGUGUGCUGCUGGAGACUCUGGUGGGCUACAUCGUGCCCUUCAUCAUCCUGGCGGUGUGCUACGGAUGCCUGUGCAGCCGGAUCACUCAGAUGACCUUCAAGUCCAAGCGGAAGUCCACGGUGCUCAUCGCCAGCGUGGUGGUCGUGUUCGCCGUCUGUUGGACGCCCCAUCACAUCGGCAACGUCCUGUCGCUGGUCAUCCUGGCCACCGAGGACGCCGCCGUCCCGGAGGCGGCGAAGAACCUGGAGAGCGUCAGGAGCACCAUGGCCUUCAUCGCCGGCGCCAUGGUCUUCAUCAGCAGCACGGCGAACCCCAUCCUGUACAUGUUCGCCGCGCGCUCCUUCAGGAGCUCCCUGCGCGACACGGGCAUCCAGAAGCUGUUCCGCCACAUCUCCAGCACGUCCCCGGGCGAGGGCACCAAGGAGUUGUCCUUCGUGUCCAAGAGACAGAGCAACCAGACCGACAGCUCCCGGUGCGUGUCGGAGCCGAAGGACCAGAUGGACAUCUUGAUAAAAAUGUGUGAAAAUAAUCCAUCCUGAUAUUUAAAUUGAAGUGUCAUGUCUGUGCCGUGUGUAGAUAUUCAUGUGUAUACUGUAAGUAUCUUUUGAAAGAAUUUUUUUGCUUGAAAUUACAACACAAAAAACAAGGAAGUCAGAGUUUAUCGGUGUUGACCAACUCUGUGAACGACCUAACAGUUAUGUUGUUUCUUUUUUUUUUUAAAUGGUGACCAUAUAUUUAUAAAUAUGACAUAUAUUAUGUACUUAAAUAAAUGCCAUAAUUUUACAAAUACAUAGUUUUAUGACAUGACUCAAUGAAAUUGAAAGGGAUUUUUUUUUAUUUUGUAUAUUGUAAUUCUGUGAAAUAUGUCUGAAAUGCCUGUAAGAGUAUAUUAUGUUUUCAUAUGAUAAUUUAGUGUUAUUUCAGCCACUUCUUACGUCGAAACUUAAAGAAAUAUUAUAUUUCAUUGACAGCUUAGGCUGUCUCCGAUACAUUCUCGUUCUGAAUAAAAACGUUGUUCGAAUACA